ACGAUCAUCCUGUGGGAUGCCCGAGCUUCCUGCAUCUCGCAAGAGUGGUUCGCCCACGAUGACAGGGUCAAUAGUCUCGCGUUCUCACCAGACGGUCGAUACCUCGCGUCCGCAGGUGGCGAGAAGGUGGCAAUCUGGGACAUCAGCGGUAGCUCACACCAAGUUGCCACCCUCGAAGGUCAAACUUCCGCUGAAUAUGCCUCAACAGCCGCAUUCAGCCCAGAGAGCACCCACGUCGCCGUUGGAUACCGUAAUGGGAGGAUCCGCGUUUGGGACAUAGGGACAAGGCAGGAGCCUCUGCUCUGCAAGGAUGACACAGGUGGCGUCACCGAUGUGGCCUUUUCCCCGGAUGGUCGGCUGCUGCUCUCAGCCUCGAACGACAAGACAGCGAAGACGUGGGAUGCACGCACUGGUGCCCUGAUCCACGUGCUUGAGGGACACGAGAAUUGGGUGCCCAAGGCGCGCUUCUCCCCGUGCGGGAAGUAUAUCGCCUCUGCAUCGUAUGACGGGACGGUGAGGGUGUGGAGGACAAGCGAUGGAUGUUGCCUUGCGACGCUCUCCGACCACGGUGACUCAGUCUUGCACGUUACAUAUACUCCCGACGGGACAAUGCUGUGGUCUGCAGCACGGAACGGGACUGUUUUGGGUCGCCGUGUUCAGGAUUGCAUGCCGGGCGAAUCCGAAUUUUGA